AUGAGUUUGAGUGACAGCACAGGGAAGCGCCCAUUUCGCGUAGUGGUGGUGGGAGCUGGCGUCCAGUUGGAAUGCCUUGAGGCAGUCCAGAAUGCCUGUGCUGAGAUGACGGUAUCCUAUACUCGGGACCCCGACGGGAAAGCCAUCACUGCUAGAAAGCUGUUUGAUGAGAUUGUCAAAGGACACGAGUGUCGACUUCUGUUGCUGGAGAGAAAGGAGUUUUUGAGGCACUUGUACGAAUGUUUGCCCAGCAAGAACCCGAUCGAGACGGGCUGUACAGUAAAUGAAGUCCUGGAGCCAACAGAUGGUGUUCGAGUGUUUCUUGAAGAUGGUUCGCAUGAAGAUGGGGAUAUGGUCGUUGGGUGUGAUGGUGUUGCCAGCCAAGUCCGCCAGAUAAUGUGGUGCAAUGCGUACAAGGCCACGCCCAACACCAUCACGGAUGGGGAAAUGAAGUGCUACUCUUUCAGCCCCAUAUGA